AUGACAGGAACCAGUCUGGCUGAGCUGUUAAGUGACUUGGGACUGGAACACCGCCUGAAAAACAAGCUGACUCUGAGCAAGGUGCUGGAGAUUGAUGGAGAGACUUUAACUGAUGAAAGCAUCCAGUCUCUGAAAUCUCUGCCGUGGUGUUUCCUGAGGAGGUUGAUGAUGGUGAAUGUGACUGCUAGGAGUGUGAGGUGCGCCUCAAAACAGGACAUGACUUCCCAAAACCUGGACAGCUUAAUGGACACCCUGAACAAUCCACAGGGCCGCAGCAACAGAGUCAACCCCCUGGACCUCAUAACUGCUGUGUUUCUCUGCUCAGAUGGCUUUCUCCAGCAGGAGAUGGUUUUGAAAAUGUCUAUGUGCCAGUUCUCUGUCCCUCUGCUGCUUCCUGAAUGUGACACACAGCAGUGCACUUUAAUGCUCUGGGCCAUGAGGGAUGUUGUGAAAAAGUACAAGCCGCACUCUUUGACAGACCCAAGCGGGGUUGUGGAGGAGAACAUUGUUCUCUCUGAGCUCCCCCUGGUCUCUUUUGUGAGGCUGGGAAACAGCAGCUUGUCCAAGUCUCACAUUCUGAACCAGCUUCUCAGUAGCCCUCAGGAGCACCACGACACCUUUGUUCACAGAAACAUGGAGUGCGGUAACACCCCAAGGAGGAUUUCCAACGGGCUGGCGGAGAUCAGCUGGUAUCUGCCCAGUGGGAAGAGAACCAUUGAUAUCUUCUCUGAGCCACUGGCUAUAGCUAACCUCCGUGGGGACCUCAGGGACUUUGAAACUCAGUACGAUUUCCUCUGCCAAACCUCUGCUGCCAUAUUUGUGUUUUGUGAUGAUUUUGGGUUUGAUUACAAAAUUUUGGACUCCAAGAAACUUCAGGCUCAUUUGUACUUGAUCAUCAAUUCACAGAGCUUCAAUACAGAUGACUUCAAGAGAUGUGUUUCUGAGUUACAGAUAAAACCCUGUAACAUCAUUAUAAAGGGUUCGCAGAUGAACGAUGCAGAAAUUGUUGAUGAAGAUUAUAUUGUCUGUCAGAGGGGCAAGCAGAAGGCUGAUGAAAUCACUGGAAGGAUAUCCGAUAUACCAAGCUUCAAAGAGAAAGAGCUGCCCUUGCAAGGGACUGCAUGGAAACAGCUGGCCAAACUGGAGAGGGAAGACAAUGUCUGGUUCCACAGAGGUAAGUACUUCCUCAAGUGGAUGAAGAUCAGGCUGGACAACCUGUCACGCAAAUGCCUUCCACGCCUUCGGGCGGAGUACAAGGAACAGUGUCAGAAUUCUGAAGAAAACAAGGAGCUCAUUGGAGAAUGGGACAGGAAGAUCUCCAGUUCUUCUCUGGGGACAGAGCACUUCCUGCGGGAAAUGGGUCAGCUGUACGAGUCGGCCUGCUCACACCCCAAAGGCCCCACCCCUGACAUUCAGGGCCUGCCACGUCUGGCUGCUGAGCUGCUGCAGGAAGGCUUUCCUCUGGAGCUGGUGGAUGGAGAUGCAUCCAACAUUACUCUGCAGUGGGUGACCCAGGUUCUGAAGGAACUCCAUAAUCUAACACAGUAUGAAUGUAAGAUCCGGGUGGUGACUGUACUGGGGGUGCAGAGCACUGGAAAGUCCACCCUCCUGAACACCAUGUUCGGGGUCCAGUUUGCCGUCAGUAGUGGCAGGUGCACAAGAGGGGCCUUCAUGCUCCUCAUCAGAGUGAAAGAGGAUUUUAAAGAGCAGCUUGGGUGUGAUUACAUCAUGGUUAUUGACACUGAAGGGUUGAAGUCCCCAGAGUUGGCCCAGUUGGAUGACAGUUAUGAGCAUGAUAAUGAACUGGCCACUCUGGUGGUGGGGCUGAGUGAGAUCACAGUCAUCAACAUUGCCAUGGAGAACUGUGCAGAGAUGAAGGACAUCCUGCAGAUUGUGGUGCAUGCCUUCCUGCGCAUGAAAGAAGUUGGGAGAAAACCCUGCUGUCAGUUUGUGCACCAGAAUGUACCAGACAUCUCUGCUCAUGAAAAUAACAUGAGAGAUAGGAAGAUUCUGCUGGAGCAGCUGAAUGAGAUGACCCAAGUAGCAGCUAAGAUGGAAAAGAGAGGAAACAACCACAAAUUUACUGAUGUCAUGGAGUAUGAUCCAGAGAGAAACACCUGGUACAUCCCUGGGCUCUGGCAUGGCAUCCCUCCCAUGGCACCAAUGAAUGCUGGCUACAGUGAGUCUGUGAAUCUGUUCAAGCAGAGUGUGAUCAAGACAUUUAAGCAACACAAAUCUGGAAAGGGCUCUGCACACACAAUCAAAGAAUUCUUUGAAAGGACCAAGAGUUUGUGGAGCGCAGUGAAGUAUGAGAACUUCAUCUUCAGUUUCCACGAUUGCCUUAUGGCUGAUGCUUAUACUCAGCUUUGCACUGAGUUCAACACAUGGGAGUGGGCCUUCAGGAAAAGCAUGUACUCCUGGUUAAGGGAAGCUGAGACAAAGGUGUCAAACUUUGGCAGAAUAGCAGCACAGAUUCAGCCAUCCUCCAAUGUGGAUGACUUGAUGAGCAGCCUGAAAUAUGAGGCCUCUGUAGAAAUGGCUAAAAGAGAAAAUCUCAUUUUGGACAAUCUCACUGAAUUCUAUGUUAGACCAGAGGGACAUGUUCACUUGGUAGAGAAGUACAAGGAGGAAUUCAUGAACUCAGCCAAAGCCAUCCGGAAGGAGACAGAGCACUCUGUUAUAAACAAGCUAGAUGCCACGGUGGAGAUUAGAAAGGGUAUGUUCAGGUUAGAGAAAGUCAAGAAAAAUCAUACGGCUGUAAUGGAGCAGAAGGUGCUGGACCUGGUUGAGAAAUGCAGCAAAAGUAAAGAGCCAUCGGAUCAACAGCUGGAGACUGAAUUUGAGAAGAUGUGCAAUGAGACUGUGGCCGACUUGCAGUUUCCUGGCCUGGAAAACCGAGAUAUUGUCCAAGAUAUCCAACACCAGCUGUGGGUUAACUUAGAGAAUAAAGGCAGCUCAGUACGUGAAGUGCUGUCCAAAAUGGGUGACUUGUCUGAAUGUGGAAUGGAGCCAUUCAAAGUGAAGAGUAAAGGAAUGCUUAAAAAGAUAUGGAACAAAUCUUUUGAUGAUGAGCAGAAGAUAAAGACACAAAAGAUAGUGGAUCACAUCAUCAAGUGCUGCAGGCAGUUUGUAGCUGAAAAAGUGAGAACAAGGUCUGAUUACCAUAACACAUACAUCACAGACCUGCUUCGCAUGGUAGAUGAUAACCUGGACAGGCACAGGGAUCUGGAAACAAGUGCUGAAGUUCAAGCCAGUCUGAAGAUCCACAUCUGUGGACAUGCAGCACGGGAGUUUCAAAAAAUGCAUUUGGAUUUUAUCCAUGCAAAUGAUCCCCGUCGCUGUCUGGAGCAGUCCAAGGAACAGUACUGCGCUGACUUUAAGGAUCUGUUCAGUAAAAGAGACCAGUGUCAGAAGAAAGCAGAGGAGUUCACCUACUACUGUAUUGCACCAGCAAUGAAGGAAUACAUCACCAAGUCUCUGGGCCCUGACCUUGUGGAUGAAGUGUUGACAGGGCAGAAAGACAUUGAUUUCAGCACUCGAUCCUUCUUCCAGUUCUCAAUCCUCAAGCAGCUGCUUUUAGGGGAUAACUUUAAGGACUUUGUGAAUUACAUAAGAAACUACGAGAACUUUGUGCAGGGAUGGAUAUUUGAGCAGAUGAUACAGCAGUUCUCAGAGGGAGAUGGCCUCAGGAACAUUGAGAUUAAGCACCUGAGGGCGAUAGUAAAAAGAAUAUUGGAAGCCAUUAAGAAAGCAGAGAGGAAAGCCAGUGAACGAGCGACAAUAAGGGAUGAGGAGGAGGACCAAAACAUUCAGCAGUUCAUUCAGGAUAUCUGUAGUGACCUACAGGAGCUCAUCAUCCCCAAAGACCCCCUUGAAGUGGUCCUGGCCUUAAACACUGCCAAGCCAGUAGACUUUUCCCAGUGUCUGAAGGUGCUUGUGGAUGAAAUGGAGCAGUCCAUUACUGCAGAGUUUCAGAACGGUGGGGAUGUGAGGGCCAGGCUGACCUCACUGCCCUUUCAGCCACAGAAGGAGCUGUUUAACAGGGUGUUUGGCUGUGGGAGGCAGUGUCCCUUCUGCAAGACCCCGUGUGAAGCAGGCGGAAAGGGCCACACAGAGCACUUUGCCUCCAUUCACCGUCCUCAGGGGAUCGGGGGAUACAGAUAUGUGGACUCCGGUAUAUUAAUGUGUGAGGUCUGCUGCACCAGUGUUGCCAGUGAGAGAAAAUUCAAAUCAAGCAAAACAAAGUGGGAAUAUCAUCCAUACAAGGACUAUCAGAGCAUUUUCCCUGACUGGCGCAUCCAGCCUGACACCAGCAUCCAGGCCUCAGACUACUGGAAGUACAUCUUCAACAGGUUUAAUGCGCAGUUUGCCGAGGUGUAUAAAGCUAAGCCUGCAGACAUUCCCACCCUUUGGAGAGAUAUAACCCAAGACCAAGCCAUGAAAAGCCUGGAGGAAUCCUUCCAGAUGAAAACAGAAGGAGAUUAAAUUAAAUGGAUUAUAUGGCCCCUGUGUCAGUCGGGUUGAAAAUUAAUUGGGUUGAGUGGCAUUAAUUAAUAGCCUACUCACACAUAUCAUGGCUAAUAACAAAAUGUGCCCCAAUCAAGUUGAUUCCUAUGAAUGAAAGGGUCAUAGGUUUAAAAUAAAAAUAAAACACAUUUCAGAAAGGGAUCAUUCAAUUAAAUCAUCACUGAUGUUAAGAAAGAGAGAUAAUCACUGAUGCAUACAUUACUGCAUUUUUGCAGCCUUCACUGAGCUGUCUCUGAUACUCAUAUACAGGUAGUACCAUCAACCAGUCAUUAUACAUAUAAAACCAUAUACAUGCUAAAAGGUGAUGUUACCGCUAUCAUAAUCUAUGCAGCUUUUAUCUAUACACACUGUCUGAGUUAGCAUGGCUGAGCUUUGUUCAUUAUUCCAUUGCUUGGAUGCAUAAUCAGGGAUGGUAACUAGGAUGAGAUAUUUUAAGUUUGUUUAAUUUUGUGACCUUCUCUAUAUCAAAAAUAAUACUUUUAACGAAAAUACAAAUUACAUUUUAUGUUUUUUUCUAUGCUUCCUAUAAUAAGUCUUUUCUAUUAAUAAAGCACAUAACCUUCAUGUA